AUGGCAAUUGAAGAUCACCAUUUUCGUCAUGAUCAUCAACUCCCUUUUGAUCAUACAAUCUGGACAGAUUAUCCUCUUCAAAAUCACUGCACACCCUCUCCAUCAUCAACUCCAUUACGAGCUCCAAAUUUGCUUAUCACUCAAAUGGCGAAUCUCAAGAAGCAAGAAGAGGAAGAAGAACCUGAAGAAGAAUUAGGAGCCAUGAAAGAAAUGAUGUUCAAGAUUGCUGCAAUGCAACCGGUAGAUAUUGAUCCAGCCACAAUUCGGAAGCCUAAAAGGCAAAAUGUUCGUAUAAGCGACGACCCUCAAAGCGUGGCAGCAAGGCACCGACGAGAGAAAAUAAGCGAAAAAAUGCGAAUUCUGCAAAGACUUGUGCCCGGAGUUCUACUCCGACGAACACCGUACGCAAGCCACUGCAAUGCCACGACACUACGUCAAUGUGCAGUGGCCUUCGCAGGCUACGAAGCCGGAGAUGUGCCGCACACUCAGUGGUGA